ACAGCUGUCACCUUAAAAGGAGGCGAUUGCAGGGGUCCAGCUGCAUUCCAGAACUGUCACAAAGGCUUGACAGCUAAAGGAAGCCCUGGGGGAAUAACCGGUGUAGAAAAGUAAGAAUAAGACAGUGAGACAGAACCAUAAAUAAAGGAGACAAAAGUACAUAAUUAUUGGCAUCCUUGAUAAAGGAGCAAAAACCACUAUAAAAUAAAUAGUACAGAUACUGAGCUAUAUUGCAUACUCCAAAAGAAAUGUAUUUUAUACUAAUACAACUAAUUCUCAUAGAAAGAGACUUUGUUCAAGGUUUUUUUUUUAAAUGUAGUGAUCUGGGUCAAAAGCACUACACAGCUGAUUCGAGCUUUGAUUAUUUGAAUCAACAUUUCACACAUUUUGGCAGACAGGAAUUCCACUUAUCUUCUAAUCUCUGAAUAAUAUAACUUUAAAAAAAAUGUGAUGAUAAACUGGUAGCGCUUCAUAUUCCCAAUUCAAAAUACAAUGAAGAUUCCUCUUGACUUUUCCCAUGCAAACUGACUUUGGGUUUUCAUGGCAUGCUGUAUUGAUCUUUCCACCCUGCUCUCCACUCUGAAGAUACUGGAUAAUUGUGUGAGUGUCAAAUGCCCUGUAGUCUGUCCCUUUAAGUGCUCCAAAAUCUUUAGCCCUGCAAUCAGUAGUUCUGUCAUCCUCAGGGACGGCCCCUGUGGACAGUCCCAAUGAUACUGGUGGUGAGCAUGUCUGAGUGCUCCACUAUCCUGUGCUAAACUUAGCCCUGACAAUACCUCCUCUCAUCACACUAACACACUCCCAUGCUUUUGGGUUACAAUGGAACCUGUGAAUGGUGUAGAGUUACCACCAAUGGAGCUGUAUUGCGAUAGGAACACUGGCCAAACAAGAUAGUAUUUCUUAGCUUCUGGAGCUGUUUUCUCUCUUUUCAUUCUGUUACUCUACAUAUCACCUUGGGGUUCUUCUGUCACCAUGGGUAACUACAGCUCUGCCCUCACCGCGGACAUUGAAGAUUUUGAUGCUAUCGUUUCGGUCACAGAGACGCUGAAUGAAUUGGCAGCACAUGUGGAAGACGAAAGAUUUCAGUCACAGAUUCUGUCAUUGGCUGCUCAGUCUAACUCUGACUUACAGGAAGAUGUACAGGUAGCCCCUACACAGGAGGGAGAGACACAAGAGAAAGAGGAGCUGGACCUCUCCUCUGUCAUAUCACUCAUCAGCACCCAGACAGCACCUACAAACACCCCUGUUUUACCUGUGAUUGAAAAGAAGCCUCACCGCCCUCCAAGGCCCACAAAGCUCUCCUCCUCUUCAUCAUCCACUGUUGCCAGUGUUCCCCACCCCUUCUCCACCCUCCUCCCUGGGGCUCUCUCUGCUAUCCUGCGUGUGACCCUGCCCCCUCACCUCACCUCUAACCCCAAGCCCAGGAGGGAGCCAAGUGCCCAAGGCCCACUGACCCUAGAACAGCUGCAGACAGAGCUCCGGGACCUGAGGGACGAGGUAGAAAUGAUGAAGAGCCAGCACAACAAAGAGAUUCAACUGCUGAUGAAUGAGCUGGAUGAGGAGAAAAGGAUUCGUUUGUCAGUACAGAUGGAGGUGGCCCAGAUGAAGAAGCACAAGUCCAAAUGAGCUGUCAGGCUCAAACAGCAUGACAUCCCCAACAAAGUUUGAACAAGCGGUAAUCUGUCUCAGUCUCUGUUGUGUUGGUUUAAAGACUAUCAAUUGUUUGACCAGUUUGUUGUGAUGCGUUGGUGGACAGGUGAUUGAAAAGAAGCCUCACAGCCCUCCAAGGUCCACAAAAUGAAUGAUCAAUAAUUUAUGAAACAGGAAAAACUAUAGUGAAUGUUUUUGAAAUAUGAAUAAUAAUGAACAAUCUUUGUUUAUUUGAGAAGUUGAUAACUCAUGAGCAUCUUGUACAGACAUUUUAUAUUUGCUUAUUUUACUUUUUUAAAUAAAAUUAAAACAAUCAUGUUCUUUAA